CCUGUUUCUUUGAUUAAGUGCGUCUUUGCAGAAGUAACAAGCAGUCUCCCCAGUGGGCGCCUGGUGUCAGAGGUCGCAGCCCUCACAGAGGCACACCUGUCCGAGAAGCAGACACAGGCGCAGACGGGGCAAAAGGCACAGGCCCAGAGGCUCUGCCCCUUCUGCAGGGGAAGGCCCAGGUCCCUGCCUCCCUCAGCAAGGGCACAAUGAACCAGGGAACCUCUUUUAGGCACCUGCUGCUCCUGCUGCUGCAACUGGUGCUGCUGCUCCCAGAGGUCACUCAGGAGAAAGAAGUGGUGCUGGGUAAGGCAGGAGACAUAGGAGAGCUGCCCUGCAAAAAUCCUGAGAAGAAGAACGUACAUUUCAACUGGAAGGAUCCUACUGGGAGCAGGAUUCUGGGAAGCUACUCCGGGAGUACAGGCCUGUUUAAAGGUACCUCCAAGAUCAACAAACGUGCCGAUUCAAAAAAAUCCCUGUGGAACCAAGGAAGCUUUCCUCUGAUCAUCCGUACUCUUGAGAUAUCAGACUCAGGGAGUUAUGUCUGUGAAUUGGGGAACAAGGAAACAAUAGAAGUGGAAUUGCUGGUGUUUCAAUUGCAUGCCAAUUCGGACACCUACAGCAGCAUCCGCCUGCUGGCCGGGCAGAGCCUGACCCUGACCUUGAAGUACCCCCCUAACAGUAACCCUUCAGUGGAAUGGAAAGGUCCAGGGAAUAAAAAGAAGAGUGAAGGCAAGAGCCUCUCUCUGCCCCGGCUGGGGUUGCAAGAGAGUGGCACCUGGACAUGCAGUGUCUCCGUGAACAAGAAUUCACUGGUGUUCAACAUAAACAUCUUGGUGUUGGCUUUCCAGAAGGCCUCUAACACAUUCUAUGCAAAAGUUGGGGAGCCAGUAGUGUUCUCAUUCCCACUUACCUUCGAAGACGAAAGCCUGAAUGGGGAGCUGAAGUGGCAGGAGGAGGGAACUUCCACCCUUCAGUCCUGGGUUACCUUCUCCUUGAAGAACAAGAAGGUGUCUGUGGUGAAGGAGCGCCAAGACCGGAAGAUCCAGGUGAAGGAGACGCUCCCCCUCCACUUCAGCCUGCCCAAGGCCUCGCCUCAGGAUGCUGGUUCUGGAAAUUUGACCCUGUCUCUCGGGCAGGGGCAAUUGCAUCAGGAAGUGAAACUCGUGGUGAUGAAAAUGACUGAGUCCCAGGACAAACUGACCUGUGAGGUGCUGGGGCCCAGCUCCCCCAAGCUGAUGCUGAGCUUGAAGCUGAACAACCAGUCUGUAAAAUCCGUAGAGCAACAGAAGCUUGUGAAGGUGCAGAACCCUGAGGGGGGGACCUGGCAGUGUCUACUGAGUGACAAGGACAAAGUUCUGCUGGAAUCCAAGGUCGAGAUUUUGUCCCCAGUAUUAACCCAGGCCUGGCCAAAGCUCCUGGCCAUUGUGCUGGGGGCGAUCACAGGCUUUCUGAUUUUCACUGGGUUCUGCAUCUUCUGCUGUGUCAGGUGCUGGCGCCAAAGGCGCCAGGCAGAGCGGAUGUCUCAGAUCAAGAGACUCCUCAGUGAGAAGAAGACCUGCCAAUGCCCCCACCGAUUGCAGAAGACACGGAAUUUCAUUUGAGGCUCCGGGCCAGGGAAAGCUUCCCACCUGCAGCCUCCCCAGCCAUCUACUCUGCGUUUCCUGUUGGGCUCCUGGACCUGUGGACCAGAUGAAUGUAGCAGAUCCCAGCGCCUCUGGCAUCUCCUGCUCUCUUUGUCCACAGUUGGUUAUUGGGUCUCCUCUUCCAGAGGCUUACUCACACCGCUGCUUCCUCAUUCCCUGUCCAGUCAAACCCUAGCCCUUCUUUGAUUAUUUUUCUCAACUCUCUCUCUCACUGCCCACUGGGAUGCCUGGGCAGCAUGCAGAACCAGCCCUGCCUGGCCAGGAGUGUGAGGCUGGGUGUCUGAAGCACGAAGCACGGGACUGUUAUUUUACAGGAAAGAAACUUGGGACCAGAGAGGGCAGGAGCUAGUCCAAGGUCACACAACCAGUCAAGGACAGAUCCAGAUCUAAAGGCUCCUGACUGCGCCACUGUUUCAUCCCACACACACCCAUGUGCACGGCUCUCACUUGUGCACAGACUCAAUUCCUUAUUACCCAAGCAACACACUCAGUUUAUAAACCAGUUUCAAGUGCUUUGUAUAUUUAAAUCUUAGAAUAAUCCUACGAGGUGGGUGGUGACAGGACCACGAUUAUCUUCUCCAGUUUAUAGACCAGAAAUGGAGUUCAGAGAGGUCAUAUGAUUGCCCAAGGUCACAAAGCUAGUAAGUGCUGAGUCAGGACUGGCCCAAACCACUUGACCCCUAGUUCUACUUCUGUUUCUCGAACACAGGAACAAAUACCACACAGAUCUCUGUCACUGGCGAGUCACAGAUGUGCAGUGUGUACCUUAGGAUUCACAGGAGCAUAACGUCUCAGGGAGGCCAGGAACAUGGAGAACAGCCUCCCCGCCUAAAACCCUUCCUUCGUCCUCUGCUGGAGGCAGAAUCCUGUUACCAGAGAACAAACCCUGCAGCUCUCCUAAUGGGAGCCCAGGCUGGGCGCCCAGGCCCUGUGGGGGGAGAGCACCCAGUGACCAACCACUGGCCCAGUGAAGAACCUCCCGGAGGGUGAACUUCGCUCAGGGGAGGGGCUGGGACACAGGCCUGAGAGUGAGCCUGAGAGGACCUCCUGUGAAGGAUGCUAGUGCUGGGCCGGAGGCCCCUGCCCUGUGUGCUUCUUCACAGGGUAAUUAAGGUUACAAGUAUUCCUCCUCCUCUCGAUCCAGUUCUUUCAGGAAUCCCUAGCCUCUUCUACCUCUCCUUCCAUUCUUUUCUCAUCAUCUUGUUCAGUCCCUCUGCCCUUUCCCUUUCCCUUUUUUCCAGCUUGCCUCUUCCAAGAAGAACACCCAAUGGCUGCCAGAGCUCCCCAUCGCUUGCUUUGUAUUCCUGCCCACUUCCAAUCCCUAACCCCCUAUGCUGACAAAACAGAUAAUAAACCUACUAUAA